GUGUGUGUGUGCGUGUGUACAGACCGUCAACUGAAGACAUUUAUUAGAAAUAACAGCAGCGACUGAGGACAUUUCGGUCAAGUGAGAACGUCCUCAUUUGACAAAAAAAUAAAUUACUCUUAAAAUACUCGUUUUGGGCUAAAACAUAAAAAUAAAUAAUAAAAAAAUAGUGGGCCUUAGUCGGAGGUGUCAAGGUCGAGUGUGUCGGUCGAGUGUGUCGAUUACGAAAUUCGCCAUAUUUUGUGUUUCGCACUCGAUGCCUCAUUUGACGGUCAACACCAGACAGAACCGUGAUGAAGCGUAAUGGCAGCCCAAAGAAGAUGCAGAGGACAGAACAGAUGUGUCAUAUAUCCAAACCUAACAACCUAAGUAUGGACAUUGCAAUUUGUGCAGGCAACUCGGAUGUUCACAAUGGUCCAGCUCAUUAUUAUGAGGACAUUGCCCCAAGUUCAAACAUUGGCAACUCUGAUGUUCACAAUGGUCCAGCCCAUUAUUAUGAGGACAUUGCCGCGAGUUCAAACAUUGGCAACUCUGAUGUUCACAAUGGUCCAGCUCAUUAUUAUGAGGACAUUGCCCCGAGUUCAAACAUAGGCAACUCUGAUGUUCACAAUGAUCCAGCCCAUUAUUAUGAGGACAUUGCCGCGAGUUCAAACAUUGGCAACUCUGAUGUUCACAAUGGUCCAGCUCAUUAUUAUGUGGACAUUGCCCCGAGUUCAAACAUUGGAGUUAAGCACCAUCCAAGGAAGUGACAAAGAACACCUUGAAGCCAAACCCCAGCUGUGGAAACUGGUAUACAGAAGUGCUUCAGGUUACAGAAACGCCAUUCCAAGUUGGAUUAAGAGACUGUUAUCAAGCAAAACAAAUGUUUACAUAGAAGGUCUUUGACAGUGGUAAACAGGAUUGACAGCUACAGCAACGCUGAAUAAUUAUCACCAGUGUUGUGGUUUGUGUCAUGGUUUUGUUAAAGUAAGGAAUCAGUCUUUAUGUGAAGUGUCUAGGCCGCAUAUUUCAAAAUUCAGCUUUUGAGAUUUUUGUGUAGCAAACACCAUAUCUUACAACACAGAUGUAUAACUCUAAGUAUUGAUCAUGAAACAUAUGUGAAUAUAUAGAAAGAGUAGUCAAAUAAAAUGACAUCAUCUAAUCAUUUUUAUUUUGGGUGUGUAAUGUGAAAAUGGCAUGUACUUAAAUAAAUGAACAUAUUCUUAAAAUAGGCAUUUUUAAUCAUAUGUCAACUAAAUAAUAAUAAUGUAUCGUUUAUUUGACCAAGGUGUAAUGUAGUUGAAAUUUCUUUUUUUAUAUUUUUAUAUGCAAUUAUCUGCACUAGUCACUGUAAUAUUUGGUUUGAUGAAUUACAUGUAUCAUGAUGUAGAAAUAAAGGAUAAAUGUUU